AUGGAGUACAAGACUGUUGCAAUUCUUGCUGCGUUAUACAUUGCUGUCCGUCUCUACUUUAAGUCACGCAACUCAGGCCCGGCAACCAUCAUGUCUCACGGAAAGGUCACCGAGAUCGACAACCAAGUCAUCUUCAAAGCCCUCGUCUCCUCCGGCCCCGUCGUUGUUGACUUCUUCGCUACCUGGUGUGGACCCUGCAAGGCCGUCGCCCCCGUCGUCGGCAAGCUGAGCGAACAGUACCAAAAUGUUCGCUUUAUCCAGGUAGAUGUCGACAAGCUACAAAUUGUGGCCAAGGAACUUGGUGUGAACGCUAUGCCUACAUUUGUGGUGUUCAAGGAUGGCAAGGAGGUCAACCGCGUUGUUGGCGGUGACAUGAAGAAACUCGAGGCACAGAUUAAGCAGAUCUCCGCAUAG